AUGGAAGGGUUAAGAAAGAGGAUGGUUCUCUUGCUACUGUCAUUGGCCAUUGCCAAGUUCCAUUUUGGCACGUGUGAAGCUAGACAAGGCCAAGCCCUUAUGCAGCACAUGAAUGCCCAGUUUGUAGGAAAUGUGGGGUUUGAGAACUGGGGCUCUUUUGAUGAGGUCACACGUGUGUUGCCUCAACAUGGGUUGAGAGAGAGAGAUGAGAUUGUUGGUGGGUUGCCUGGUGAGCCUGCGGGUGUGGAAUUCAAGCAGUAUGCUGGUUAUGUGACUGUCGACGAGAAGGCGGGGAGGGCGCUCUUCUACUAUCUGGCCGAGGCCGUCAACCCUCUCUCCAAGCCUCUCCUCCUCUGGCUCAAUGGAGGUCCAGGGUGCUCUUCUCUUGGAUAUGGAGCGAUGUCAGAGUUGGGACCUUUUAGAGUCCACAGCAAUGGGAGGACUCUUUACAGGAACAGAUACGCAUGGAACAANGUGGCAAAUUUAUUGUUCUUGGAGUCCCCGGCUGGCACUGGCUUCUCUUACUCCAACACCACCUCGGAGAAUUCAGAAAGUGGUGAUGAGAAAACGGCAUUUGAUGCUUACACUUUCAUGCUAAAUUGGUUCGAACGAUUCUCAGAAUACAAAAACAGGGAUUUCUACAUCUCAGGAGAGAGCUAUGCAGGGCACUAUGUUCCGCAACUCGCUUAUCAAGUAGUUAAGCACAAUCAAAUGGCUGCAAAAACCAUCAUAAAUCUCAAAGGCAUCACGAUUGGUAACCCAUGGAUCGACGCUCCGAUUGACCGCCUAGAAUUGUACGAGUACUUGUGGAGCCAUGCGAUCCUCUCGGACGAGACCAUCAAUGCCAUCCAUAAAUAUUGCAAUUUCUCAGUUAACACCACCAGUCAACCCAAACCAUGCGACGACGCCCUCGAUCAUGCGGAGUCAGACAUUUUUGACAUUAACAUCUACAACAUUUAUGCCCCUAACUGCAACACCACCAUCAAGCACAAGCCUUGUGCAAGUGACCUGGAAUUUGAUCCUUGCACAGAUUAUUACGUGGAAAUGUAUCUGAAUCUUCCCCAAGUCCAAAAGGCACUCCAUGCUAACGUUACUGGGCUAAAGUAUCCAUGGCUUUCAUGCAACGAGCUGAAUUGGAAGGAUGCACCAUCUACUGUACUUCCCCUCAUAAAGAACAUUAUGUGCCCAAACAAGGGUGCACCCAGAACACCCAACCAUGGUUGUGAGUCUCAUGACUACUUGUGUAUAGUGAUUAAUUGUUUGAUUAUUAAUGCGUGUAUUGAUGAUUGGGGAGUGGACUCUGGGGCCAUUAAAUACAUAACUAGGUCUAGAGAAGGUUGUGUGGAAUUUAAUGAGCUUAAAGCCAGAGGACAUAUGAUCUCUAUUGGCAAUGAUUCCAAGCAUGAUGUAUUGCGUAUUGACACUUAUACAUUUGCCAUCCCAAAUGGGAAUUUCUUACUCUUUGAUACUCUUUAUGCCCAUCCUAUGUGUUGUAACAUGAUUUCGAUUAGGACAUUGAUGUUAAGGGAUAUGAAAUCGCUUCAAGAAUGGGAAGGUUUCAAUUGGAGUUCAUAG